AUGGAAAUUGAGUCAACAGAUGUGAUUCGAUUAAUUUUACAAUUUUUGAAAGAAAGUAACCUUCCAAAUAGUUAUGCUGCUUUGCAGGAAGAAUCUACCAUAGCUCUUAACACUGUUGAUUCGAUAGAAUCAUUUACUGAUGAAAUUAUACAAGGACAUUGGGAUGUUGUAUUGCGCACGGUAUCUAAUUUGAAAAUACCACAGAGAAAGUUAAUUGAUCUUUAUGAACAGAUUGUUUUAGAAUUAAUCGAAAUGAGAGAAUUAGGAGCAGCCAGAACUUUAUUAAGGCAAACAGAUCCAAUGCAGCUUUUAAGAGAUCAUCAUUCUGAACGAUAUCUUCAUCUUGAACAUUUACUUGCUCGAACAUGGUUUGAUCCAAAAGAGGCAUAUCCAUCAGGAAUAACAAAGGAAAAGAGGCGUCAAGUUAUUGCACAAGAGCUUUCUAGUGAAGUUACUGUGGUUCCACCUUCAAGACUUUUGUCACUUCUUGGACAAGCUUUGAAAUGGCAACAACAUCAAGGAUUAUUACCGCUGGAUGCUGCAUUCGACCUUUUUAGAGGGUCAGCGCCCACAACAAAAGCUGAGGAUGAUGCGGUUCCUACGAAGUGUUAUACCACCAUUAAGUUCCUAAAAAAAAAUCACGCAGAGGCUGUAGCAUUUUCGCCCGACGGACAAUAUUUGGCCACAGGUAGUUUAGAUGGAUUUAUCGAAAUAUGGAACUAUUUAACUGGAAAACUUCGAAAGGAUUUUAAAUACCAAGUAGAGGAUAAUCCCAUGUUAAUGAAUGAUCCCGUAUUAUGUCUAAACUUUAGCAGAGAUAGUGAAAUGCUUGUGUCUGGUGCACAGGAUGGAACUAUUAAGGUCUGGAAAAUUCAAACAGGCCAAUGUACGAGAAGGUUUUCUCCAGCUCAUAGUCAAGGUGUGACUUCUGUAUGUUUUAACCGGGAUGGGAGUCAGGUUUUGAGCACCAGUUUCGAUCAUACUAUCAGGCUUCAUGGAUUGAAAUCUGGCAAAACUUUAAAAGAAUUCCGUGGACAUACUUCAUUCGUUAAUAAUGCGAUAUUCUCGCAUGAUAUGUCAAGAAUAUUAAGUGCAAGCAGUGAUGGUACCGUAAAGAUUUGGGAUAGUAAGUCAGCUGAAUGUCUACAUACUAUAUCUCCGCAAAUUGGUCGUAGUCGAGAUAAUUCAUCAAUUGCUGGAGGAAGAACGGUUAAUUGUGUGGUUCAAAUGCCAAAAAAUGCUGAUCAAGUUAUAGUUUGUAACAAAAGUUCGAUAGUUUAUUUGAUGACAUUAAGAGGACAGAUAAUUAAAUCAUUCAAUUCGGAAAAGAAAGUUGAUGGUGAUUUUGUUAGUUGUACAGUAUCCUCUCAAGGAGAUUUUAUUUAUUGUAUAGGCGAAGAUUCUAAUUUAUAUUGUUUUAAUGUGCAAACUGGAAAAUUAACUUCAACAAUAAAGUUAUCUGAUGCCGAUGUUAUUGGAUUUUCGCAUCAUCCGUUCUCAAAUAUUUUAGCCACUUAUGCUGACGAUG